AAAAAGUGACGUGGAAAAUAUCAUAAUAUCCAACACCAGGAUAGAAACGUCGAGGCGUCCACUUUUCAAGGUUACGCCAAACGAGAUAAACCAAACGCCGUUCUCUUUCACAGUUCGUAUUCGACCGUGUGAUGGCGCGCUCUACAGACUUCAAACUGGCGACUAUGAGCAUGAGAGGUGGAACCCUUUGGAUGGGGGACCUGGAACCAUAUAUGGAUGAAACUUUUCUGAAGCAAGCUUUUACAUUAAUGGGAGAGAAUCUUGUCCAUGCUAAAGUCAUAAAGAACAGAUACACUGGAUUGCCGAUGGGCUACGGAUUUUUGGAUUUUGGUGAAGAACAGACUGCUCAGAGAGUCUUGCAUCGCUGUAAUGGAAAGACGAUUCCAAAUGCUUCUCCUCCCAAGAGAUUCAAGCUGAAUCAUGCAAGUUAUGGAAAAGAACAUUUACAGCAAAAAGAGUAUUCUCUCUUUGUGGGAGAUCUGACUCCAGAAGUGGAUGAUUUAGAAUUGUAUAAUUGUUUUUCAUCUAGAUAUCCAUCUGUCAAAGCAGCAAAAGUUGUAUUGGAUCAAGAUGGAGUUAGUAAAGGUUAUGGUUUUGUGAGGUUUACAAGUGAAAUGGAAUAUCAGGCAGCUUUAGUCGAGAUGCAGAAUGCAGACGUGGUGGGUUCGAGACCCAUUCGCGUCAGUGUAGCUACUCCAAAGAGGUAAGUACUGUUAUGAUCUAUUAACAAAGCUAAAAAAUUCUAGUUGCCAUUUAUCUUUUGAGCCUGAGUUUGGAAGUGUUUGUUUAUUUUUUUGUUGUUCUUUGUUAAACUUUGCCUGAGUUAUUUUGAAAUUGAAUUGAUAAAUAUUGUGAAUAUAGAUCAGUUUAAAUAAUCAUACUAAUU